AUGUUCAAUAAAAAAAGUCUGUCGAUGUUUUUCAUUUUUUUACUCGAAACUGCAGCUCAAGACCCAAACUGUGAUUUUACGCAAAAUGUCCAGCCAGGGCAAACUUAUUAUGUAUACAGUCCAAGAUACCCUUCCAAUUAUCCACCAGGUGUUCAAUGCAGAUGGAUAGGCGUAUGCCCAACUGGGUACAGAUGCAGACUGUACUGUCCCGAAGUAUCGAUACCUCAGACCCCAUCGUGUACUAUGGAUCGUCUACUGAUUUCCAAGAGUGGGGACCCUCAACUUACUGAAGCUGAUUACUACUGUGGCCAAGGAACAGUGACUGCUGUAUCGACAGGCCAAAGGAUCAGUGUAGGUCUAAUAACGUCGUAUACAAGUCCCGGCGGGAGAUUUAUGUGUCAGUUGACCGCUGAACCAGGAUCACCCACACCAGAUUGCAGCUGUGGUUAUAAAAAGAAGAUGAGGAUAGUCGGCGGCGUAGAGACUGAUGUCAACGAGUUUCCAAUGAUGGUGGGCCUGGUGGACAGAAAUGUUGGGCAGAUCCACUGCGGCGCCGUCAUUAUAGAGAAACGAUAUGUAUUGACUGCAGCGCAUUGUAUGGAGAAUCAGAAUGUGUCAGAUUUGGCAGUCGUAGUUGGACUACAUGAUGUCGAUAAUAACGUGUCGCCAGCUACGAAAGCGUACAGAGUUAGCCGUAUCAACAUACAUCCUGGUUACAGUUCUGCUAGAUAUACCAAUGAUAUCGCGAUCCUAACAACACAAGAGGACAUCCAGUUCGGUCCACUGGUAGGGCCAGCAUGCUUACCGUUUAAAUUCGUCAAUAACGAUAUGACUGGGACUAGGCUCACUGUUCUAGGUUGGGGAACACUGUUCCCCGGUGGUCCAGUAUCUAAUGUCCUGCGAAAGGUGGAUUUAGACGUGAUGACACAGAGUGAGUGCCAAGCUAAGGUGCCUUUGCUAACUCCACAACAGAUCUGCACUUACACACCAGGGAAGGAUGCAUGUCAGGAUGACUCUGGGGGCCCUCUUCUGUACACAGACCCAGCCACGGGGCUCCUUUUCAACAUAGGCGUGGUAAGUUACGGACGGUUCUGCGCGUCCAAAGGAGAGCCGGGUAUUAAUACCCGGGUGUCAGCGUACUUAUCCUGGAUAUUGAGUACUACACCGGGAGCACAAUAUUGUCAAAAAUAA